GAAACUGUCCGUGUUAACUUCAGCAUCAACCUCUCCAAAGGAUAAAACCUGUUGGAUAUCUCACUGUUUUUUCUUCUUUCUUUUCUUGUGUUGCUACUCUGGCUUUACUUUCCAUUAAAAUUUUGACCACAAAUCAGGUGAAGAUGAUGGAGCUUCAAACGGAGAGGAGGUUCCACAACUUGAGCCCUGAGCAAAUCCAAGCCCUGGACAAGGUUUUGACUGAGGUAAUCCCCAUCCAUGGGAGAGGAAAUUUUCCCACGCUGCAGGUGAGAGCGAAAGACAUCAUACGUGUGGUGAAGGAUCGGCUGGUCGAAAGAGACAUCCAAGUGAAAGAUAUACGGCUUAAUGGCGCGACUGCCAGCCAUGUCCUGGUGAGGGAUAAUGGCCUGGGCUAUAAAGACUUAGACAUUAUUUUCGGAGUGGAGCUGCCGAGGCAGGAGGACCUCCAGGUGAUAAAGGAGGUGGUGCUGGGCAGCCUACGAGACCUCCUCCCCUGUGGAGUUAACAGACGUAAAAUCACCUGCCUGACAAUGAAGGAAGCCUAUGUGCAAAAGAUGGUGAAAGUUUUCAAUGAGCACGACAGAUGGAGCCUUAUCUCACUUUCUAACAACAGAGCUAAAACAGUCGGACUCAGAUUUGUCAGCUCCCUUCGAAGACAGUUCGAGUUCAGCGUGGACUCCUUCCAGAUAAUACUAGACCGUAUGCUGGAGUCUUACUGGGAGACUGGAAACCCUUUCAGCUCCCACAUGCACUCAUGGGCCGGGGCCGUAGGUGGUCCCACCAUCACUGUCGAAGCAGAGUGCAUGUAUGGAGACUUCGAUCAGGCGAUGGACCACCUCCGCAACCGCCUUAUCGCCACCCACAACCCAGAGGAGAUCCGAGGAGGUGGACUGCUAAAAUACAGCGACCUUCUCGUGAGGAACUUCAGACCAGCCAGCGAGACAGAGAUCAAGUCCUUGGAGCGAUACAUGUGCUCCCGCUUCUUCAUCGACUUCCCUGACGUGAGCGAGCAGCAGCGGAAGAUCGAGGCCUACCUGCAGUGCCAUUUCAUUGGCAACGAGGAGACAAGCAAGUACGACUACCUGAUGACCCUGCGGCGGGUGAUAGAUGAGAGCACAGUGUGUUUGAUGGGACAUGAACGGAGACAAACACUAAAUAUGAUCACUGUCCUUGCUCUGAGGGUGCUGGGCGAGCAGAACGCCAUCCCCAACACGGCCAAUGUCACCUGUUUCUAUCAGCCCGCUCCGUACAUGACAGAGCCAAUUUACAACAGCUACUUCAUCACCCAGGCCCAGCCCCCACUCGUCUACCACCCUUACCCGCUACACGUCCACAUGCAGACUGGCCUGGUGUAGCUACAGUGACCCGC